AUGUCAACUGAGAUGGCGGCCAGAAUGUACGAAGGAGCCGACCUAGACGACAUCGCUGCCAAGGAACCCGGAGAGCAAGCUUACCUUCGAGCGCUCCUGGACGCGCCUUUUGUCUUCGGUCACGAGUGGAAACAGACUAGCAUUGAUGGUCCUCCGCAGAUUGAAGAUGUAGUGCAAGUUUGUAUGCCACGCGAAUCCACGACUAAUCCGUCGCAGGAGGUCCUUCGGACGCGUCUGGGAAAGGUCCUGAUAGCGCACUGUCGGGGAAUCCGUCUGGACCCUUACAAUCCAAAGAUGUGGAUCGAUCGGGGUCGUCACUUUAGGGAGCUCGGUUACGGAGAGCUCGCGGUUUCAGAUGCGUACAAAGGCCGUCUUCUGCUAGACUCCUUUCUAGGUGUCUUCGACACCAAAGAUGUAUAUUGGGACCUUGACAAGGAGAGCUUACCGUGCAAGGUCAGCGCUGCUCUGGCAGGCAUUAUUGGGAAAUUAGACACAGGAGUUACUAGACAAUGUGAUGCCGGUAACGUCUCCAUUGCCAAAUCGCUGCAGCAGCAGGCUUUCCUGGUCAUGGCUUCGGCUCUGCUCUGUGUCAGAGCAUACCACGACGCGAUUCAGGUCCUCGAUGAGGCGGUAGUGCUCGGCGGAACUUGGACGCGGAAACAAAGCAAUGAAGAAAGCCAAAACCAGAUUGGAGGCAGCUUCGAGAAACGCCACGCUGGGCCCAAGCUCUCUGGGCGGCACAACAAGCGAUAA